AUGCAUCGCGACGUCGAGGAGUUUGGCCUCGAUCCUAUAUCUACGAUUGUAGUUGGCGCGGUCAUGUUCGUGUUGACGGGGCUUGCGCUGUCCCUGAGAGUCUACGUACGAGGCGCUCUCAUCAAGGCGUUCGGCUGGGACGACAGGCUUCUCUGUUUCGCGUUUUUUCUUUACACAGGCAAUUGCAUUACCCUCAUACUCAUGGGAUCAACACAAGCGGUCGAUGGUCUCGACGCUGCUGCUGGUCGAAAACUUGCAAAGCUCUCGAUUGCUGGCAUCACCGUCUGGAACGCGACUGAAAUAUUCAUUAAACUAUCUGCUGCACUGUUCUUUCUUCGACUGGUUCAAGAGAUCUGGCAGAGACGUGUCAUUCUGAUAUCCAUCACCAUCUAUGUCAUGGUCAUGACUAUGGUCAUCCUAAUCACCAUCUUCCAAUGCGGAGUUCCCUCGAACAUCUUCAUCCACAAGGACUGUCUGAACUGGGAUUCGGUAAUGGGACCAAUCAGCUACUUUAGCGGAGCCUUGACAGCACUUACGGAUUGGAUCUUCGUCCUCACUACUAUAGCCCUCGUCUUGAAAACGAAGAUGCCACCACGAGCAAAGACAUCAGUUGUGUUGCUGUUAUCUCUGGCCGCCAUGGGUAGCGUCGUGUCAAUCGCAAGAAUCCCUUUCAUUCGCGGAGGAAGAUAUCAACUCAAUACAACCGCAAAACUGCCUCGAGUGGUCAUUCUCGCAGCCAUUGAGGCAGGUAUUGGCAUCAUUGCGCUUUCACUGGCCACACUGCGACCACUAGUCAAGACGUGGAUGGAUGCAUUGAGCAGCAAAAAUUCGGGCUCGUCUGAGGAUGUGGAGCGCCAGGUCGCUGGUGCUAUGAAUAACGGCACACCCGCUCAGGUUGUUGCCGGUCCUUCUGGAAAUCAAGGAUACGAGGUUAUCGACAUUGAGAUGGCGAGACCCAAGGAUAAACGCGCAGAUUCGCACUGGAAUGAUCAGGUGAUUGCGACUAUCUCCAUGCCUUCGGAGAUCUCUGGACGAUAUGGUGUUCUGGAUAGUGUCUAUUCCGCCGACAAACAUCAAAGAUGA